GCCACCAAUAUUUAUUUCAAGCUGAGAGUGAAGCAGAAAUGAAUGAUUGGAUAUCAAAGAUUAAUUAUGCGGCUACAUUUAAAACUGCUGGAUUAAAAAUGAGAAAUCUUCGGAAUCCUUAUGUUGGACAACAGAGACGAGGUGCCAGUAGUGGUGGAUUGAGAUUUGGAAUUGGAAUGUUUGGAAACAGUCAUGAUGCUGCUGCAAAAGAAUCACAAGGUCGGGUCAAUUUGGUUCGGGCAAAAAUUGAUGAACUUCAAGGAAAAAUUUCCGCACUAACAUCACAGCUUCAAACUGAUAUUCGAUUCAGAAAUAAUCUAUUUCUAAUGAUACCAUAUAAAGCAUCAACAAGAGAUCGUAUAUUACAAGUAGCAACUUCUGUAGCGUCUCGACUAAAACAUACUUGUUUAGAAUUAAGUAGGCUUGUAUGUUAUAACGAAAUUCUUGAAAAAGACUUAUGUUCAACGGUAAUGGAAGACAAAACAUAUUGGCAAAAUCGAAGAAGUUAUUUUACUCCUGGAGAUAAUAACAUGGAUGAUAAUUCUUCAUUUCUAUUUACGCAAUCGAAUUUUCCAUCAAAAACUUUGGGUGUUCCUGAGACAUUCGGACAAUUAUUUGUCAAAGAACCGAUUAGUAGUAGUAAUAAACUACUCGAUCCAGCUGAAAGGGAUGCUGAAAAUAAUUUACGACCAGCUACUAUGACUUUAUUACCUUGUAGUUCUACAUCUUCUUUAUCUUCAAAUUCAAGUACUGGCGGAUCCAGUAGAUUGACUCUUUCAAUUAAUGGUGAUAACGAAGAAGAGUAUGACUUUCAAGGAAAUGUUUCAGAGUAUGAACUCGAGAUAUUUCCACAAAAUGGUAAUCGUAAUGAUGAAGAUCGAGAUGAUAUUAGUUUUAGGGAUGAUGCUAGUAGUAUAAUUAUACUUGAAGAUAUUAGGGAUCAAUCAUCUUUAGUGAAUAGAAAUGAAAACGAAGAAUACGAAGCUAGUGUGCAUGAAGUUGGAUCCGAACACGAUGGAGAACGUUCAGAAGGGAGAAUACAUGCAACAGAACAUAAUGAAAUUGUGACAUCAUCAUUAGAAAAUGAGAAAGUGUGCAAAUUCGAAAAUGAACCGUUAAUUAUUGGAAAUGUUCCAAAGAUUCAAUUUGAAGUUCCUCAAAUUCAGCUAGAUUUGAAACCUGAGAGUAGGCCACCAACGAGCUUAGGUUUAGGAAUAACAUCCAAUGAAGUAACGGUACCUGUUCUUGUUAUAUCAGCCGUUGAAGAAGAAUUAAAGGAUGAAACGAAUGAUGGUGACGUUUCGGAUGAUGGUGGAGAUCAAUUUGUCGAUGCUGAAGAAUGGGGAUCGUAA